GAAGAAGCACUGGAUGGCAAUUGGCAGAAGAGGCGUGUUUAAUAACUUGACACUUCACCACCACCUUUUAGACCAGAAAAAGACUGGAUAAAAGAAAUCCAUCCUUUCUCUAGUUUCCCUGAACUUUCCCCUUUCUCUUUCUUGGUCUCUGUUUCUGUCUCUGUCUCUCUCUCUUCUUAAUCUUUGCUUCCCUUCGUGCUUUCAUUCUUCAAAUUCUUAAUCUGAUUUCUGGGUUUGUUUUGAUAAGGAACAACAAUGGAGUUAAUCUUGGAUUGGAAGUCGUUGGGUUCUCUAAUAGCCACCUUCGUCUUCAUCAGAACUGCAAUUCUUGAUUUCCUUCCUCCUGAAGUAUACCAGGCUCUGAAACGCCUCUUCUCCAUGGUCUUCUCGUCACUGCAACCCAAAUGCUCCGUAAUCAUUGAGGAAUACGAUAAUUCCUUUACCAACGAGCUUUACGACUCUGUGCAGCUUUACCUGAGCUCCAGCUGCUCUUCUGCUGCUCAAGUCUUCAAGCUUUCCAAGUCCAAGAACUCCAAGAACCUGACUUUUACCAUGGAUGCGAACCAGAAUCUUGAAGAGAUCUUUGAAGGGUUUAAAGUCAACUGGGCCUUCCAUAGCGUCGAGAAGAAAAGCAACAACCUUCGUUACUCUCGUCCUCAGGAAAAUCACUAUUUCGAGCUCUCUUUCCAUCGGAGAGACAGGACUAAGGUACAAUCUUCUUACAUUCCUCAUGUAAUGGAGGUUGCAGAGAUUAUCAGGUUCAAGAACAGAGAGAAGAAGCUUUACACAAACAAGUCGGGAGAUGAAGAAGCGAGGCUCUGGUCUUCUGUGCCCUUUGCUCAUCCUUCAACAUUCGAUACUGUAGCCAUUGACCCAGUUCUGAAACAAGAGAUCAAAGACGAUCUAAUCAAGUUUGUGAACAGAAAGGAUUAUUAUAGCAGAGUAGGCAGAACUUGGAAGAGAGGGUACCUUUUGUACGGCCCACCUGGAACAGGUAAGACAAGCUUGAUCGCUGCAAUUGCAAAUUUCCUCGAAUUCGACAUCUAUGACCUCGAAUUGACGGCAGUAACAAGCAAUUCUCAGCUUAGAAAGCUCUUGAUUUCAACUUCCAGUAAGUCUGUGAUCGUUGUAGAAGAUGUUGAUUGCUCUCUUGAUCUCUCUCAUCGCAACAUGAACGAAAUUAAUGGUGAGGAAAAGAAUGAAAAGAGGCCAUACAGAGGCAGAGGAAACAAUAGCUUUGGAAGCACAGUUAGCUUAUCUGGGGUUUUGAAUUUUGUUGAUGGGCUCUGGUCAUCUUGUGGAAGUGAAAGGCUAAUGAUCUUCACUACUAAUCACAAGGAGAAGCUUGACCCAGCUCUGCUAAGGCCAGGAAGAAUGGAUAAGCACAUCAAUCUGACUUAUUGUGAGAUCACUGCUUUCAAGACGCUUGCUUGGAACUAUCUUGAGAUUAAAAAGCAUGAAUUGAUGGAGGAGGUGGAGCAAAUAUUGCCUUUGGUGAAGAUGACUCCAGCUGACAUUGCAGAGAUCUUUAUGAGUUGUGAGGAUGAUGCAGAGAUGGGAAUGAAUAAUGUGAUUGAGGAGAUGAAGAGGCGAUUAUUGCAAUCCUCCAUGGGAGAUGAAGUUUCUUCUGUUGCAGAGCAGGGGAAGGAAGAAAUAAAGAGAGGAGAAGAAGAGAACCCAGUUUCAGAAGUUCAUGAUGACUCGGCUAGCACGGAUGCAUAGGAAGAUAGAAACUAGGUGAGAAAUGGCUGAGAGUUUAGAAACUCAAUAACCCAAUGGUCUGAUUGGGUGGAGCGUACAGGAAGGGUUUUUUUUUUUUUUUUUUUUUGGAGGGGGGGGGUGGUGUGGGGAGGAGGAGGUGGGGGUUUGAAUUAAAUCGUUUUGGGGAAUGAUCCGAGUCAAACUCGUAGGAGUUGUAACAUUGACUCGCCUUGGUAUUAUAGUCUAUGUAUUAGUGAAUGUUUAGCAAUGAAUAAUGCUAAGUUGUGAUGUUUAGCAAUGAAUAAUGCUAAGUUGUGCGACAA